AGAUGGUGUCUGGGUAUGAUAGCGCGAUAACGAUUUUCUCGCCUGAUGGGCAUUUAUUUCAGGUUGAAUAUGCGUUGGAGGCCGUUCGUAAAGGAAAUAAUGCUGUCGCUGUUCGUGGAAAUAAUCUUUGUGCUCUUGGAAUUGAAAAGAAAGCUCUUGCAAAACUACAGGAUUCCCGAACAGUGCGGAAGAUUUGUUUACUUGAUGAUCACAUUUGUAUGACUUUUGCUGGCCUCACGGCGGACGGGCGGAUAUUAGCCAAUAAGGCUCGACUCGAGUGCCAGAAUCACAAACUUACUUUGGAAGAUUCCGCUUCAGUGGAGUAUAUAGCUCGUCAUAUUUCAGGAAUCCAACAAAGUUACACCCAAAGCGGUGGCGUCCGGCCGUUUGGCGUCUCCACGUUGAUUGUAGGAUUCGAUUCGGACGGGCGAUCUCGAUUGUUUACCACUGAGCCUUCGGGCUCUCACUCUGAAUGGAAGGCGAAUGCUAUUGGUCCGAACUCAUCUACGAUUCGCGAGUUUUUGGAGAAAAAUUAUAAUGAAAAAGUUUCUGCUAGCGAUCAGGAAGUCGUUAAACUUACAAUAAAGUCUUUAUUGGAAGUCGUCCAGUCGAACAGUAAAAAUAUUGAAGUUGCUGGGAUUUCUCGAACUGAUGGGUUCAAAAUAGUGGAAGCGGACAUCGUUGAGGGUAUUAUUAAAGAAAUUGAAUCCGAAAGGGAAGCGGAGGCCGCUAAAAAGAAACUGAGAAGACCAACAGAUGGAAGCUAAAACUUUAUAUUUAUUAUAAAUAAUGUUAAUGACUA